AUGCAUGCAAUUAAAGAAACAUUAUUGGGAGACUAUGCAAAUUUUGUUGAGUUUGUGAUAGGUGAUGAUGUUAAAACUUUAUUGACAAGUAACUAUGAAGGAGCUGAUUUUGUACUUAUUGAUUGCAAAUUGGAGGAUUUUCAAGAAGUAUUUGAAGCAGCACAACAAGGUGUUAGUGUUAAAGGUGCAUUUAUUGUAGGGUACAACGCCCUACAUGAAGGACCUAGGUUAAAUUUUGAUCACAAGGGUUACUUUCUACCAAUUGGAGAAGGGUUACUAGUUAGUAAAAUUAGUGCUUCAGAAGGUAAUAGGAUUGUUAGUGGAAGGAGGAGCCAUUGGAUUGUCGAGGUUGAUGAAUGCACUGGGGAAGAACAUGUUUAUAGGGUCAGUACUUCUCCAAAUACAAAUUAA